ACCAGCAGCAGCACCGGCGGCUUCCCCUCUCCCCGCUCCAGACGCAGCGAUGGCCCCCAAGGCGGCGGAGAAGAAGCCGGCGGCGAAGAAGCCCGCGGAGGAGGAGGCGACGACGGAGAAGGCCGAGAAGGCGCCGGCCGGGAAGAAGCCCAAGGCCGAGAAGCGGCUGCCGGCGGCGGGCAAGGGCAAGGCCUCCGGCAAGGAGGGCGGCGGCGACAAGAAGUCCAGGAAGAAGGGCAAGAAGAGCGUGGAGACGUACAAGAUCUACAUCUUCAAGGUGCUGAAGCAGGUGCACCCCGACAUCGGCAUCUCCUCAAAGGCCAUGUCCAUCAUGAACUCCUUCAUCAACGACAUCUUCGAGAAGCUCGCCGGCGAGGCCGCCAAGCUCGCCCGCUACAACAAGAAGCCCACCAUCACGUCACGGGAGAUCCAGACCUCCGUCCGCCUCGUUCUCCCCGGCGAGCUCGCCAAGCACGCCGUCUCCGAGGGCACCAAGGCCGUCACCAAGUUCACCUCCUCUUAGAUUGUACAUCUAGUAGCGACUGUAGAUGGUUCUGUUUACUUGGUGCUUGUCGACUCUGGCUAUCUGGAAGUAUAAGCGGUAUUACUGCUGGCUAGAUGGGAAUUGCAGAAUGAUUGCCAAAGCUCUGUUGGUUCUUUGGUUGUAACAGCCGAAUUUGUGCUUCUUUUCUUUUGGUAAACUGACGUAUCAAAAGUAGUGAUCCAUUUCAGCUGUGAAUGUGAUACUGAUCUCUGCCAUGCGAUUGUGCUUUCGUAGCAAUGUAAGUUUCCAGAAUCCACUUGAUUCUGGUGCAAUGUUGUCCAA